CAAAUAUGUAAACACACUGCUACCCUCAGCCUAAAAAGGUGUUUUGGUCGAUCGCAGCGAUAACAUGUGGGCCAAAGAAGACGCAUAACUUAAAUUGUUGUCCCGAGCCAACCAAGUCCAGAUGGCGGCUACUACUGAGAAAAAAACUGUCGUCAUCAUUGGUGCAGGACUGUCUGGGUUGCAGGCCGCUGUAAAACUGAUCCAAUCUGGUAGUUUUCAAGUGAAAUUAUUAGAAGCGACUGAUCAGGCAGGAGGACGGGUAAACACAUCAUGGAAGUUUGGUUCAUUUCCGAUAGAGUUAGGAGCUAACUGGAUUCAUGGUAACCACGGUAACCCUGUUUACGAGCUCGCCAAGAAACACAAACUCCUACAUGAUGGUGGAAAAAAUGUUUUGAAUCGCUUUGGAGAGUGGUUUGAUGAUGAAGAUGAAAAUUACUUUUACACAGAGAAUGGGAUGAAAAUAAAUUAUAAAUUGGCAAAAAAGGCAGUUGAUAUUUACCAUAAGAUAGUGGACAAAUGUGACAACACUGGUCAGAAACUUGAUGAUGGGUCAAGAGCAAAUGUGGGAGAUAUGAUCGACAAUGAAGGAAUAAAAGAAAUCGAAAAGUUGAAACUGACGGAGAAAGAACGAAGACAGAUGUUGGGAUUACUGGAAUGGGCUAAAAAGUUAGAGUGUGUCGACAACGCUUGUCAGAGUACGUAUGAUUUAUCACUCAGGUGGUUUGGGGAGUAUGUGGCGCUUCCCGGUGACUAUUAUACCGAAAUGGGACAAGGCGGAUACCAGGCAUUGGUUGAUUUACUGUUGAGUAAAAUUCCUGUUGAGUGUUUGCAGUACAAUAAACCAGUUAAGAGUGUAGAUUGGUGUGGGGCAAAAAGUGAAAGGUCAGAGGUGAAAGAUGACAGACACGCGAUUGGCGUUGAGUGCACGGAUGGAGAAAAAGUAACAGCAGACCAUGUCAUCGUGACUACCUCACUGGGUUUCCUUAAAGAAAAUUCUGAAACUUUCUUCAAUCCUGUUCUACCUGAAGAAAAGUUGGAAGCAAUAAGUAAAGUUGGAUAUGGGAACAUUGGAAAAAUAUUCCUGCGAUUUAAAAAUCGAUUCUGGAACAAGCAUCUGGAUGGUAUCCAGUUUAUAUGGGACUCUUGUGAUGCAGCCUCUAGCAAAGAAACCCAAUCCAAAACCUCUCAUGAAGAAUGGAUGAAAUCUAACUGGUUUCGGAAUAUAUGUGGCUUUGAAAGAGUCUUGUACCAUAAAACUACUUUAGUUGGAUGGAUUUAUGGAAAAGAGGCGGAAUAUAUGGAAAGUUUAGAUGAUGAAGAAAUUAAAAAU